AAAAGUUCCAAUUUCCAUAUGGAAUCUCACUGACGAUGACGCCUAAACCUCGGUUUUGACCUCUUCGUCUCUCCUCCUCAAUUCCAACACUCCAUUAAAGCUUCUCUCUCUCUCUCCCUCUCUCUCACACACACACACAAAGAGACACUACAAUGGCUCUGUUCUUCUCAAAAUCAAGAAAGUUGAUCUGUUUGAAACCCAAGAUGGGUUUUUUGGGUUCACAUUCUGUUCAUUAUCAUCAUACACUUACAUCGCCAAAUCUGAGAAACCCAUUAGGAAUUCUUGGUUACGGUUCUGCACACUUCGCGUCUCGCCGUUUCGAAUCAACCAAAGCUGAAACACAGCUGAAUCACAUGCAGAACAUUGACAAUAAUUCCCAGGUCCUCAAUUUCCCUGGAGGCAAGGUCAAAUUCACCUCACAUUUGAACUUUAUUCCUGAAACAAGGGAGGAGAGAGUAUACUGCUACAGGGUCCUUGACGACGAUGGUUAUCCCAUGACUAGCAAUUUCGUACAGAUUGACAGGGAAGUUGCAUUGAAAAUGUAUACUGAUAUGGUCACACUUCAAACAAUGGAUACAAUCUUUUACGAAGCACAAAGACAAGGAAGAAUAUCUUUCUAUGUAACCACACUUGGAGAAGAAGCUAUCAACAUUGCAUCAGCUGCAGCACUUAGGAUGGAUGAUUUCAUCUUUCCACAGUAUAGGGAGCCUGGAGUUCUAUUAUGGAGAGGGUUUACUAUUCAAGAAUUUGCCAAUCAGUUGUUUGGAAACAAAGGCGAUUAUGGAAAAGGAAGGCAGAUGCCUAUCCAUUAUGGAUCUAAUAAGCACAAUUAUAUUACAGUUGCAUCAACAGUAGCUACUCAGCUUCCACAUGCUGUUGGUGCUGCCUACUCUCUGAAGAUGGACGCGAAAGAUGCAUGUACAAUUGUAUAUUUUGGAGAUGGAGGCUCUAGUACGGGAGAUUUCCAUGCUGCUCUGAACUUUGCUGCGGUCUUAGACGCGCCUGUUAUCUUUUUCUGUCGGAACAAUGGUUUUGCAAUAAGUACGCCUGUUUGUGACCAGUUUCGAAGUGAUGGUGUUGUUACCAGAGGAGAGGCCUAUGGAAUUCGUAGUAUCCGUGUGGACGGUAACGAUGCUCUUGCUGUUUUCACCGCUGUCCAUGAGGCACGAAAGAUGGCUGUUAAUGAACAUAAACCUGUUCUUAUUGAGGCCCUUACCUAUAGAGCAGGACAUCAUUCAACCUCAGAUGACUCAACCAAAUAUCGUCCAGCUAACGAAAUCGAAUGGUGGAGAAGAGAAAGAGACCCUGUAACUAGAUUCAGGAAAUGGAUUGAAAGACGAGGCUGCUGGAGUUCUGAGGCUGAGUCUGAACUUCGCAGUAAUCUCAGGAAGCAGGUAUUGGAAGCCAUUCAAGUUGCAGAAAGAGCGGAGAAGCUUCCAAUUAAGGAUGUAUUUACAGAUGUAUAUGAUGUUCCUCCAGCAAACCUCCAAGAACAGGAAACAUUUAUUCGUGAAACAAUCAGAAGACAUCCGCAGGAUUAUCCUACUGAUGUUCCUAUCUAGUUGAAACUGCUUGUCUAUUUUCCCUUUUAAAAAGUUAUUCAUUUUGGUGCUAAGUUAUUAUAUGAAAAUGUCAUUGAUUAGAUUGAUAGCUAAUGUAACUAGCAAAGUUGUUUUUACUCAACUUUUUCAUAAUGAAAAUGGUUGCUCUCAAGAGGGACCAAUCUAUGGAA